UGGCUGAAUCAUUUCAUCCAUCAUACCCACAAUGCAAAGUGAGACGGCAGCAGCCUGGAGCAGCGUUUCAGGACAAGUUAUCAUGGCGAUGAGAGACGCAUCUUGUCCCUGAGCCCCACAGCAACAUCAACAGCAGCAGCAGCAGCAGCAGCGGCAGCGGCAACAAAGGAGUCCUGCCCCCGCUUCAUGAUCGAACGCACCGGGGCCCGUGCCGUGCGGGGAGCUGCGGGAGCCUCAGCCCACAUUGGAGGAGCAGGAGAAAGGACAUAGCCGGUGGCCGCGAUGGCAGCGUCGGAGCUGUACACCAAGAGUGCUCGGGUGUGGAUCCCAGAUGCAGAGGAUGUGUGGAAGUCUGCAGAGCUCACCAAGGACUACAAAAAUGGCGAUGCCUCCCUGCAGCUCAUGCUGGAAGAUGGAACGAACAUUGAGCACACGCUUGACCCCAAGACCAAGAACCUGCCUUACCUGCGAAACCCCGACAUCCUGGUUGGAGAAAAUGACCUCACAGCGCUCAGCUACCUCCACGAGCCAGCUGUGCUCCACAAUCUCAAAGUCCGCUUCAUCGACUCCAAGCUCAUUUACACUUACUGCGGCCCACAACGGACACGACCCAUGUUUUCUGUCACUUCUGUUUUUCAACUUGUCAGGGAUGAGAGGAACCAGUCAAUCAUUGUGAGCGGGGAGUCUGGAGCAGGAAAGACGGUAUCAGCCAAAUAUGCCAUGAGAUACUUUGCUACAGUCAGUGGCUCCGCUAGUGAGGCCAAUGUGGAGGAGAAAGUCUUGGCUUCCAAUCCCAUCAUGGAGGCCAUUGGAAAUGCAAAGACCACCAGAAAUGACAACAGCAGUCGUUUUGGCAAAUACAUCGAGAUCGGCUUCGACCACCGCUACCGUAUCAUCGGUGCCAACAUGAGAACGUAUCUGCUGGAGAAAUCUCGAGUGAUCUUUCAGGCGGAUGAGGAGAGGAAUUAUCACGUCUUCUAUCAGCUCUGUGCAUCAUCACAUCUGCCUGAGUUCAAGACUCUGAGGCUGAGCAGUGCAAACAACUUCCUGUACACAAGGCAGGGCCGCAGCCCCGUCAUCUACGGUGUUGAUGACACCAAGGAGCUUUGCACUACUCGCAAUGCCUUCACGCUGCUCGGUAUCAAUGAGUCCUAUCAGAUGGGCUUGUUCCAGGUUUUGGCUGCGAUUCUUCAUCUUGGAAACGUAGAAAUAAAGGACAGAGAUUCAGACAGCAGCCUCAUUGCUCCCAACAAUAACCACCUGACAGCGUUCUGCGAGCUGGUGGGCGUGACCUACCAGGACAUGUCUCAGUGGCUGUGCCACAGGAAGCUGAAGACGGCCACCGAGACGUAUAUCAAACCCCUCCCUCGUCUGCAGGCCACCAACGCCCGUGACGCACUGUCCAAACAUAUCUACGCCAAGCUCUUUAACUGGAUUGUAGAGCACGUCAACAAGGCUCUGAUCACUAAUGUCAAACAACACUCCUUCAUCGGCGUCCUCGACAUCUAUGGGUUUGAGACAUUUGAGAUCAACAGCUUCGAGCAGUUCUGUAUCAACUACGCUAAUGAGAAACUCCAGCAACAAUUCAACAUGCACGUGUUCAAGCUGGAGCAGGAGGAGUACAUGAAGGAGCAGAUCCCCUGGACUUUGAUCGACUUCUACGACAAUCAGCCCUGCAUCAACCUCAUAGAAGCCAAGAUGGGAAUCCUGGACCUGUUGGACGAGGAGUGCAAAAUGCCUCGAGGUUCAGACGAUACCUGGGCUCAGAAACUGUACAACACCCAUCUGAAAACCUGCUCCCUGUUUGAGAAGCCACGCAUGUCCAACCGCGCCUUCAUCAUCCAGCAUUUCGCUGACAAGGUGGAGUACCAGUGCGAUGGUUUCCUGGAGAAGAACAAGGACACUGUGAAUGAAGAGCAGAUCAAGGUGCUGAAGGCCAGCAAGAAGUUUGACCUGCUGGUGGAGCUGUUUCAGGACGAGGAGAAGGCAACCAGUCCCACUGGUCAGGUCCCUGGGACGGGAGGCCGCACCCGCCUCAGCAUCAAACCUAACAAGAGUCGGGAGACGAGCAGCAAGGAGCACAAGAAGACUGUUGGCUGCCAGUUUCGUAACUCUCUGCAAAUGCUGAUGGAGACUUUGAAUGCAACCACUCCACAUUACGUCCGCUGCAUCAAACCCAAUGACUUCAAACUGGCCUUCACGUUUGAUCCUAAACGUGCGGUGCAGCAGCUCAGAGCCUGUGGUGUCCUGGAAACCAUCCGCAUCUCUGCUGCAGGUUUCCCAUCUAGAUGGACGUACCAGGAGUUCUUCAGUCGUUACAGAGUGCUGAUGAAGCAGAAGGACGUGCUUCCAGAUAAAAAACUGACCUGCAGAAAUGUUCUGGAGAAACUAGUGCAGGACCAAGAUAAAUACCAGUUUGGUAAGACCAAGAUCUUCUUCAGGGCCGGCCAGGUUGCAUAUCUUGAGAAGUUGAGGGCAGACAAGUUGCGUGUUGCCUGCAUCCGCAUCCAGAAAACCAUCCGCUGCUGGCUGGCACGCAAGAAGUACUUGCGCCAGCGCAGUGCUGCAAUCACCAUCCAGAGGUUCACUAGAGGAUACCAGGCACGCUGCCUGGCCAAGUUCAUGCGUCGCACUAAUGCCGCCACCACCAUCCAGAAGUACCAGAGGAUGUGCGUGGAGAGGAAACGCUACCGGCAGAAGCAGGCUGCUGCACUGGCCAUGCAGACGAUCCUCAGAGGUUAUAUGGCCAGGCUGAAGUACCAGGGGCUGCUGCGGGAGCACAAAGUGGUGGUCAUUCAGAAAAUUGUUCGUGGCUGGCUGGCUCGGUGCUGGUACAAGCGCUGCCUCUACUCCAUCGUCUACCUGCAGUGCUGCAUCCGCAGGAUGAGGGCCAGACGCGAGUUGAAGAAGCUGAAGAUCGAGGCUCGCUCAGUGGAGCACUUCAAGAAGCUCAACAAAGGCAUGGAGAACAAGAUCAUGCAGCUGCAGAGAAGGAUCGACGAGCAGACCAAGGAAAAUCGCUCAGUCAACGAAAGACUCAACAGUCUGGAGAGCUCCUACUCAGCAGAGAGCGAGCGAAUGCGUAGCGAGGUCAAUCGGCUGCGGGGGGUGGAUGAGGAGGCCAAGAACAAAACCAAACAGGUGUCAUCGCUGCAGGAGGAGUUGGAGCGGCUGAGGAGGGAGCUGAGCACGACGCAGCAGGAGAAGAAGACCAUCGAGGACUGGGCUCAGACAUACAGGAACGAAAUGGAGAAAAUGGUCUCGGAGCUGAAGGAUCAGAAUGGUUUGCUGAAGAAAGAGAAGGACGACUUGAACAGGUCGAUUCAGGAACAGAGUCAGCAGAUGACAGAGAAAAUGGCUCGUGCGAUAGCAGAGGAGACUCAGCAGCUGGAGACGGACCUGAACGAGGAGCGAUCUCGCUACCAGAAUCUCCUGACAGAACACCUUCGCCUCGAGGAGAAAUACGACGACCUGAAGGAGAGAACUCUGGCCUCGAACGUUUCCAAGCCUGGCCACAGGAGAACAGAUUCCACCCACAGCAGCAACGAAUCAGAGUACACCUACAACUCAGAGUACGCCGAAUUGGAAGAAGGUUCCCGUGCCGCCGAAGACGUGACACGAGGAAUAGAUACCUCACUGACACUCAAGCUGCAGAAACGUCUCACAGAACUGGAGCAAGAAAAGCAGUCACUGCGCAACGAACUGGAAAACAAAGAGGAGCAGUUCCAGCGGGCUAGAGCGAGGGAUGAUGUAGCGUUUAAAAAGGCUCGAGGGGCAGAGCUGGAGUACGAGUCCCUCAAGCGUCAGGAGCUGGAGUCAGAGAACAAGAAGCUUAAACAUAAUCUUGCUGAGAUGAGGCAAAGCCUGCUGGGUGAUGCUGCUACACACGCCGGGGCCCCGGGCUCCCCUGCUUACAAGGUGCUGCUGGAUCAGCUCAACUCCUCCUGCGAGGAGCUGGAUGUCCGAAAGGAGGAGGUUCUGAUCCUUCGCUCGCAGCUGGUCAGCCAGAAGGAGGCCAUGCACCACAAGGAUGAGAAGGAGACCAUGACAGAGCCGUCUGUCUAUGUCGAGGACGUGUCUAAGCUGAAAGAUGCUGAUGAAAUCAAGCAAGCUUACGUAGGCCUAAAAGACACCAACAGAUCUCCUAGGUUCAUGCGUAAGCCGCUGGAAGUCAAUGAUCUCCUGAGUAGGCUCAGAUCCGCUGCUCCAGACUUCCAUAAGCUGAAUGAGGACGGAGAGCUGUGGCUGGUUAAUCAGGGUUUAAAGGAGACCAUCAGGUUACUGGAGCACCAGCUGCAGACUCAGCGUAGAAGUCACGAUAAUGAGGUGGAGUCGUUGCGCGGGGAGCUGCAGAAUGUCAAGGAGGAUAACAAUCGUCAGCAGCAGCUCUUGGCCCAGAACCUCCAACUGCCUCCGGAGGCCCGAAUCGAAGCCAGUCUGCAACACGAAAUCACCCGGCUCACCAACGAGAACCUGGAACUCAUGGCCGACGACCCCACAGCAUCCAGAGAGGCUCGAGUCAUCAUUUUACGACGGAUGGUUGAUCUCAUGGAGCAGCUGGAGAAGCAGGACCGAACCAUCCGUAAGCUCAAGAAGCAGCUGAAGGUUUACUCCAAGAGGAUUGGAGAGAUGGGAGCCGGUCAAACUGAGGGCCAGACGUCUCCAGGACAGAUGGUGGACGAGCCGAUCCACCCCGUCAACAUCCCUCGCAGGGAGAAAGACUUCCAGGGGAUGCUGGAGUACAAAAAGGAAGAUGAGCUGAAACUGGUCAAGAACCUCAUCCUGGAACUGAAGCCUCGUGGUGUGGCUGUGAAUCUGAUCCCAGGUCUGCCCGCCUACGUCCUGUUCAUGUGUCUGAGACAUGCUGACUAUGUGAAUGAUGACCAGAAGGUCCGCACUCUGCUCACGUCAACCAUCAACAGUAUAAAGAAGAUACUCAAGAAACGAGGAGAUGACUUUGAGACGGUCUCCUUCUGGUUGUCCAACACCUGUCGCUUUCUGCACUGUCUGAAACAAUACAGUGGAGAUGAGGCCUUCAUGAAACACAACACGUCGAGGCAAAAUGAACACUGUCUGUCCAACUUCGACCUGGCGGAGUACAGACAGGUGAUCAGUGAUCUGGCCAUCCAGAUCUAUCAGCAGCUGAUCAAAUGCAUGGAGAACAUCCUCCAGCCCAUGAUAGUCUCUGGUAUGCUGGAACACGAGACCAUCCAGGGCGUUUCGGGGGUGAAGCCCACAGGUCUCCGGAAGCGGACGUCGAGUAUUGCAGAUGAGGGCACCUACACCCUGGACUCCAUCCUGCGGCAGCUCAGCGCCUUCCACUCCACCAUGUGUCAGCAUGGCACCGAUCCCGAGCUGAUCAAGCAGGUGGUGAAGCAGCAGUUCUACAUCAUCGGAGCAGUCACCCUUAACAACCUGCUGCUACGCAAGGACAUGUGCUCCUGGAGCAAAGGCAUGCAGAUCAGGUACAAUGUGAGCCAGUUGGAGGAGUGGCUCAGAGACAAAGGUCUGAUGAUGUGCGGAGCCAAGGAGACUCUGGAGCCUCUGAUCCAGGCUGCUCAGCUGCUGCAGGUUAAGAAGAAGACGGACGAGGAUGCUGAAGCCAUCUGCUCCAUGUGUCAGGGCCUCACAACUGCUCAGAUUGUGAAGGUCCUGAACCUCUACACUCCAGUUAAUGAGUUUGAGGAGAGAGUGUCUGUCUCAUUCAUACGAACUAUACAGUAUUAG